AUGAUCAACGAUAAAAUUAUGAAUUCUACAGAUAUUUACGACAGGGCGACGCUCCCAGGCCUGCCUCGGGAGCUCCUCGAUCAGAUCUCGCUCGAGUUGGGCUCUGGCGACAUUCCCAGCCUCGCCAGGCUCACGAUGACCUGCCGCCAACUCCACGGCCUGUGGUACAGCCGAAGCGCAGAGGAGCUUCAUCAUGCUGGUGCCGGUCUCCCGCUGUCCACAAAUGGUGGCACAGCUGGGACCUCACAUGCAGGCGCUCUAGUUGGCGGUUUCGCCUGGCAGGCGGACAGGUCGAUGCUCAACAAGCUGUUGCUGACCUUUGCCAACCCGCGGGUGCUGCCAACACUUAUCCUGGUCGCUUCCACGCGCAGGGUCCGAAAGCAGGCUCUACAGGCGGCUUCUCUCGCCGACAGGGUCUCGAUCUUGUCGCGACACUACUCGGCGGUCCGCGACCGGCAGCUGCACGGCGUCACUGACAACUUUAGCCUGGAGGAUGCCUUCCAGGCCUUCUUGGUCAAUGAGGCAUCACAGGGGCUCGUUGCUUUCUAUUUUCAUGACCUCGUGGGACACAACCACUUCAUGCCUCGUGUGAGCGACAGCCGGCAGCAGGGCCCAAUGGCCCCUCUGCGGGAGCUCGAGGGCGAGCGCAUCCAGCGUGCUCUUUGUGUCCACGAGCAUUUCAGGUCCUUUUGUGGUGUCGACGUGUUCGAGAGCUGUUUCUCCCGCCACCUCGAGUCGUUCUCGAGCAUCGAGCUGGUUCGAGUGGACACCAUCACAGAAUGGAUACGAGAACGAGUGUUCUUUGUCUUUAUGAAUCAUGUCCCUGGUUUCCGCAACAGGCGGUGCUGCGAAGACCCCGUCCAAGAGUACUGUCCCGCGUCCCUGCUUAUGAGGCUCACGCUGAGCUUGGAGGACUUUCACAGGCUGAUGAACGCCUCUGUUCGUGACCGUGCCCCGGACGAGGAGGUCCUUGACAUCUUGGACCUCGAAAGAAGACUUGUCCUCCCUUCCGAAACAGAGCCGGGCAGGUUAGUCCCAGUAGACCUCCGUGCGAUGUUCUCGAUGGACAAUGCUGCAGAUAACGUCGAGGGGGCCCAUGAAAUUCACGGGCUCGUCCGCUCCAUCGAAGGUGGGUGGGGCGAAACAGAAUCUCUCUACCGAAGAAGCAACGUGAGCACAGAAGACCAGUUCCAUGACCCAGACACUGGCCCUGUGGACUUUCUGCGCUGGACGGAGGACUUCCCACGCGGCGUGCACAGCCUGUUAACCGGCGUGACGGGGGGUGACAUGCUCGACAGGUUCCGGCUGCUGUCGCUCACCGAUGGCGAGCUUCCCGACAGCUCGGCAUCAGAAUCACCCUCCUGA